UUUUUGGAAGGAAAAAUUGCCGAAAUCCAAGACCUGGCUCAACGGGAAAUAAUUUGUUUAGAUAAAGCGUGGGACGAAGGAAUAAUCACUUUCGCGGAGCGAGCAAAUAUUUUUCAUCAUCGAGAUUUACUUCCGAAAGAUUUGAAAAGUUGCGAAGAAUUAUUAAAAGCUAUCCAAACUCUCCUCGGUCAAACUAAGGAUACUUACGAAGGAAUUAGUUCCGAAACCAAAACCAAAAUUGAUAAGGCUCUAGCCAACUCGAAUAAUUUUAGAGGAAUAAUUCCGGAAACCUUCCGAACCAAUGCCGAUUGGAUAAAUAGGUAUUUGAAAUACCAUAACCUUGAUAAUUUAGCCCACGAUGACCUAACCGAGGCUCGCGAGUUUUACAAAGCAUUAAAAAAAGUAGAAACCAAACUACCCGCCACGAAAAAAGAAGUAGGGAAAAUUUUUGAAAAUAUUCACGGUUCGGAGAAACUAAAACCGAAGUUAAAACGGAGAUUAAAGCCUGAUGAGAAAACCGCAACCUCACCUAUGUCGGCGAGAUUCCUAGUUGAAUUAGAAAAUAUGGCUCAGGAACCAGACCUCGACUACUCCCAAGCCCAAACAAUUUCAGGGGAGUUAACCGAAAAUUAUGCCGACCUAAUUGCCGGAAAGCCGCAUGAAAAAAAUACUGGCUAUGCGGAGGCGGCAGCCAAUGGCGAAGGUGGCACGGAAGGAGAAUUAGACCAAAAAUUACGGGAAUUGAACCUGAAAAUAAUCCCCUUUAACGA